AUGGUAGUUUUCAGAUGCUUCUUCUCCAGUCCCACCAGGUGUGCCAAAAAAGGUUGUUGUCACCAAAAAGUGGUCCAAGGUGGUGAUUUGCAGACACACAUCCUUGUUAAGCUUCUAAAUGAACCAACAAGUCUUCCUCGAUCGACUCCUGCUAUUGAGAUGACUGACUAUCUUAAUUCGUUGUCCAUAACCUUAAUAUUUAUUGUCAUAGCCUUAAUCCUCUUAUUCCUAGAUUGGUUUUUAAAUGCUCGGUUUGUUGAGAUUGCACUAAACAAUAGCAACGAUCACGACACCAACCCCGUCCCGCCCCAGCAGCAACAGUACCAUAGCGGGCUAAGGAGGAAGAAUAUUAUUUCAUCUGCUGGCAUUGUUUUUCAAUACAAGAAGAGUCAUCAUGAAGAAGAAGGGGAAGAUAGUAAUUAUUGUGUGAUAUGCUUGGAAAAGUUUGAAGGAGGAGAGCUGUGUAGGGUUUUGAAUGGAUGCAACCAUGUCUAUCAUCAACUCUGCAUAGAUAAGUGGCUCUUCAACGACGUUCAUUGCCCGAUUUGUCGGUCGUCUGUUCGAGGUGAACGUACUGUUGAAGAUGAAGUGCUCGAUCAAGUAUAA